AUGAGGCAAACUCGUGCUCUAGCCACUUUUGGCGCAUUGCUUUUCAUAGCCUUGAUCGUUAGCUUUUCUCAUCUAAAUUCUAACGACUUGUCGAAUUAUAUUCCACACAAAGCUCAGGACUAUUUUCAUUAUGAGACACCCCCAGAUUCAGAAGAAAUUUCGAGGCUCAAUGGAAUCUUGGAGGGGUUUUUAUCACGCCCUAUUUUGUCUUACGAUGAUGCUGUUUUGUUAAAUUCUCAAACCUGCCCGGUUGAUGGGACUAAUUUCGACCGAGCUGCUGUCAAUGGUAAUUUGAAAACGUGGGCAGAUAUUCCUUCAUCGCAAGUUUAUAAAUGGCGUAAAGGUAUCGCAACAAAUUUACGCCGCAAACAGAUUGAAGCAAUCGGAAAGACUACCUCAGCAUCACCUGCCGGCGCCAAUGAACCACCAAAGGAAAGAAAGGACAAAAAAGGGAUUGUUAUGGCCGCAGGGGAUCGUGCAGCACUGAUCCGUGCCAGAACCUCUCUUCGGCUCCUGAAGUCUUACAAUUGCACGUUGCCAGUCGAGAUCUUUCAUUUCGAUUCCGAAUUAUCUGCACCUGCACUUAGUAGUCUUCUGUCCGAUCUCUCAGAACUGCAAAAACCUGAUUCCGGCACUAGCGGUAUCAAUGUCACUAUGCGCGUAGUGGAUGAAGUGUCAAAAGGAUCUGGAUGGAAAGAUUUUCAAAUAAAAGGAGCUGCCAUUCAACAAUCUUCAUUUGAUGAUAUCCUGUAUUUAGACACUGAUUCCUAUCUUCUAAGAAAUCCGGAAUAUUUGUUCGAAGGAAGAGAAUGGAGAGACACAGGGCUUCUGCUAUGGCCUGAUUAUUCCAAAUCUCAUCCCACCAAUCCUAUGUGGCGAUUGUUGGGUCAGCAAGGUCGGAACGAAUAUGAGGGAGAAUCUGGACAAGUUUUAAUAUCUCGAACUCGCCACCAGGAUAUUCUAUGGUUGAUUGAGUAUUUUGCACUUCACCAUGAAGAAUUUUAUGGAUUUAUGGGAGGUGAUCGAGAUUCAUUCCGGGCUGCUGCCCUUCUGCUUGGAAAGCCAUGGACCGGUCCAGGAAGAACGAAUGCGGUAGGAGCCGCAGAGAUUCCCGAAAACCCUCAAUCGGGAGGACAUACGAUGCUUCAAGCUGACCCAUAUGGAAAGUGGUUGUUCGUACAUGCGAAUUUGAUUAAGCAUUCUCAUUUCACCAGACCAUUAUGGUCUAAAGUCCAUAGGAUUCGCGAUGAUACUUUCAAAGAGGGGACUACAUAUGGUAAUAUUGAUUCACCAAAUGAUAAGAUAGGAAAUGGGGUAAAAUUAGAUGUGACUGAUAAUCCUAGACUGGUAUCGACUAUGUCUACUUUUGAAGGAUAUGAUGAAGAUUUGGUUGCCGUUGAAAAUUGGGAUUCAUAUGAGGAGUUGAAAGGAUUCGAGGAGAAGUGGUAUGAGUUUGGUGGUGUGCAUUAA